CUAAAUUUUUCAAAAUAUUUUUGACUUUUGAAACGGUUUCAUUAAAAUUUUAUGUCACUUGAUGUUUAAAGAAAAAUUGAAUUGCAAAUGGUUCUAAUUUUAAGUUUUUAUUCAAAAACGUUUGCAAUGGUUACAAGUUUAGUGAGAACAUAAAUUGGAGGGAAAAUAACGCAUUUGUAUGUUCUUCAGGUUAAUAUCCAACGAAUACCUGAAAUUUGCAAGCUCUUCUGUUUUUUCUGUAUAAAAUUCUUGUAUAAAUCCUGUUUAUUUGUGAAAUUUAGUUGUUAACAACAGCAAGAAAAUGAUUUCUGGAUCUGAUGUAUGUGAUAACAAAGUAACAAUUGAAAUCCUUGUGGACAAUCGCAAGUCCGACACCAUUCUUCAAAAUGGCCGUGGUGAUUACAAAAGCGUCCGGGAUCCGCAUGAAGAAUAUCAAUAUCUAGAUCACAUUAAACGCAUCCUUGACAAUGGCGAGAAGCGUGAUGAUCGCACAGGCGUUGGCACCUAUGGCCUCUUCGGCGCACAAAUGCGCUACAGUCUUCGUCACAACAUCUUCCCACUUCUAACAACAAAACGCGUCUUUUGGCGAGGAGUAGUCGAAGAACUCCUGUGGUUUAUCAAGGGCAGUACCAACGCCAAACUCCUCCAGGAGAAAAACGUACGCAUCUGGGACCCGAACAGUACCCGCGAGUUUCUGGACUCUGUCGGUUUAUCUCACCGUGAAGAAGGUGACUUGGGACCGAUCUACGGUUUCCAAUGGCGUCACUACGGUGCAAAAUAUUACGACAUGCACACCGACUACAAAAACAAAGGAAUAGAUCAGCUUAAGAACGUUAUCGAGACAAUUAAGAACCGACCGAAUGAUAGAAGGAUCAUAAUGUGUGCAUGGAACCCAAUUGAUAUUCCUCAAAUGGCCCUGCCGCCUUGUCAUUGCCUUGUGCAGUUUUAUGUUGCUGGAAAUGAGUUAUCCUGCAUGUUGUAUCAAAGAUCUGCCGAUAUGGGUCUCGGAGUUCCGUUCAAUAUUGCCAGUUAUGCAUUAUUGACUUGUAUGAUUGCGCAUGUUACUGGUUUACAGCCAGGCGAAUUUAUUCAUACUCUGGGAGACAGUCAUGUCUACAUUAAUCAUGCAGACGCUCUGAAGGAGCAGUUACAACGUACUCCCAGAGAUUUCCCGAAAAUGAUCAUCAAACGGAAGGUAACUGACAUCGAGGACUUCAAGUUUGAAGAUUUUGAACUGAUUGGCUACAAUCCAUAUCCGAAGAUUAAUAUGCAAAUGGCGGUUUAAAAAGUCUUAAAGUUUGUGUCACUUGUUUGUAUUUAAAGUAUUAUUGUGACAGAAUGUUAAAUUUGUUUGUGAAAAAUGUAAUGAUUGCUUUUAAAACACUGAAUGUAAUGAAUAAAAUAUCUGGAGAGCUUUAA